UCUGAGUAUGCUCACCCACCUUCUCUUAUAUAUUUAAAUCAUCAUUCCCUUUAUCUCUCUUCAGUUAACAAACAUGGCUAUUCAUGGCAAUCAAAAUUCAGCUUCUGAAGGCAUUCUUGAGAACGUGUGGGCUAAAAUUAUUGACAGCAACAAUGGAUCACAAUGGGGAGAACUGCCUAAUCUGCGUGAAAGAGAAGGGUCUUUGGAAGUUCUGAGAAGGCUUCCUAGUUUAGGAAGAUGGAUAUCAAUGGGAGCUGAGUUCUGGGAAGAAAUCUUAGAUGGGUUUCCAGCUUGUAGCAGUAACAAUUCAGAAAUUUGCAGUGCUUUUGAAUGCAAUGAGAAGGUUGAAGAAGAAAAAGAAGCAGUGACAGUGAAAGCAGAGAAGAGGGUUUCUGCAAAACACUACAGAGGAGUGAGAAGAAGGCCAUGGGGGAAAUAUGCUGCAGAAAUCAGAGACUCAUCAAGGAAAGGUGCUAGGGUUUGGCUUGGGACUUUUGACACAGCAGAGGAAGCAGCUUUGGCUUAUGAUAAGGCUGCUUUGAGAAUUAGAGGCCCUAAGGCAUACCUGAAUUUCCCACUUGAGACUGUCUCAAAUGCCUUAGGAUUUGACCAGAAAGGAAACUGUGAAGAAAAUUUCUGCGGCUCCAGAAAAAGAAGGUGUAGGGAGAGAGAUGAACUUGUUGGCAUGAUGAAUGAAGAACCUGCAAAGAAGAAAAUGGCAAGCUCGGGAGGGGUGACAGGGAAUGAAGAAGAUGAUGUUUUUGAGUUUCAAGACUUGGGAAGUGAUUACUUGGAAAGUUUGUUAUCUUCCUUUUGAGAGAAUAGUGUCAAAAAAGGCUAGAAAUAUAGAAGCAAUUUUCCUGUACAUACUCAU